AAAUUUCUCAUACCACCACUGUGGUGCUGUUUCUUGUGGUAAACAUGUCAUGACCGCCUGAUGUUUGUUGUGAAUUUUGAAUAAAACUUCCUGCUUAAUUCGUCGAGGUUUUGUGGUGUUAUCUCUUAGAAAUGGAAGUUGUCGUAGCCAGUGUGGAUGACAUAAAAUUUGACAUUGAAGUGCAACUAGAACAGCAGUAUGGAGCAGUACCCCUACCUUUCCCGGGGAUGGAUAAAUCCACUGCUGCAGUUUGCGAGUUUUAUCCCCGAGGAAACUGUACCAAAGGAGCACUAUGCCCUUUUCGACAUGUUCGGGGUGACCGUACAAUUGUCUGCAAACAUUGGCUUCGUGGGCUCUGCAAAAAAGGCGAUCAGUGUGAAUUCCUUCAUGAAUAUGACAUGAGUAAAAUGCCUGAGUGUUACUUUUACUCAAGAUUCAAUGCCUGUCACAACAAAGAGUGCCCUUUCCUCCACAUUGAUCCGGAGAGUAAAAUGAAGGAUUGUCCAUGGUAUGAACGAGGGUUCUGUCGGCAUGGUCCUAACUGCAGGCAUCGGCAUGUGCGGCGCGUGCUCUGUAUGAAUUAUGUCGCUGGUUUUUGUCCGGACGGCCCAGAGUGCAAGUUUAUGCAUCCGAGGUUUGAACUGCCUGCAGCAGAACUUAUGACGAACCAUGGAAAAAAGAUAGUCAUUACCUGUCACUACUGUGGAGAGCAUGGACACAAAGCAUUAUACUGUAAGCAGUUACCACCAGAGAUGAAAGACUUCCCUUAUAAAAAUGAGGAUUACAAGAAUAAACUGCCUUUUGCACCAAAUCCAAGACACCAUUCUAAUCUCUCCAAUGCACCUCUGGAUGGAGGAGAUACAAGAGAAAUGUCAGAGAGACCUCCUCUUAAACCCUUGGAAGAAGUAACAUGCUUCAAGUGUGGUUGCAAGGGACACUAUGCCAACAAAUGCCCUAAGGGUCACUUAGCUUUCCUCAGUAACCCAACCCCACAAGGAAGUUACAGAAGAUGAGUAAUUUUUGUCACGGAAAUGAACUGUUAGGUGUGAGUGUGUGUGUAUGUGUGCAUGUUUGGUGAUAUUUGUGACAAAAUGCUUUAGAUAUUUUAUAUUUUUAUCUGAAAUUUCUAUCACUAUUGUGACUAGUCAUCAUAAUAUGUACAAAGUUGACUUCUUGCUUUAUUAGUACUGGUUUCCCUAAAGACUAUUUUGUGUAUAUUGUGUCACAAACCUUUCCUUUCAAGUAGGAUUUUGUUUGGUAAAACAUACUUUCAACCUUUAAAAUCUGUAUUUAUUCAAACAAGUGAUUUGAUGGUAAUUCUUUUCAAGUUCCUACAGCUGCAGAUAUGCUAUAAUUUUUGUUUAUCCCGUGCUAUAUUAUGCGUAAUCUGUAGGGCUUGUCAUAUUAUGUUUAGCUAAAAAUACCACAAGAAGGUAACUUUGUACUGUGUUGGUGUGUGAAUCAUUGUUUCAAUCAUCCAAGUCACUAUUUGAUCAAACCUAUUCCUAUAUAUAGCUCAGAGGUCAGCAUCCAAUUUUGGAACGAGAUCAAUUUUUGUAAUUUUUUUCACUGGCAAGUUACUUACCUGUGAAUUUUAUCAGCUCAAAAGAUAAUUUUCAAAACAGGCACUCACCUAUAUCAUAUCUAGGAAUUAAUUUAUUUUUCCUUUUACAAAAUUUCUGGUUUGAAGAUGUUUUUUGUUGGAACAUAAGGAACAAGCUCUUCAUGGCAGCUGUUACCAUUAGAAAAGUGCUGUGUGUUAAUACUUCAAGCCAUUUUCUUGUUUGUUGUUAAGUCGUUUUUCUAAUCCUUUUUUAAACGCAUUUUCUUUAAUUUUUUCAUUUAUUUAAAUGUAAAAUUACAUGACCUAAAAUGUAUUUGUGUUUCUGCUGGUCCCUUCAUGUGUUUGAGUCAUGUGUGUGCAAUUUCAAUAUUGAUCUAGGAACAAUUGAGGUGAUGUUUAAAAGUUUACGCUGGUGACUCCUGAAGGGCAGUUCUAUGUUGUUCAAACACUAAAUGUGAUCAUAUGACUGAGGACCGAUGAUGGAGAUGGAUCAUUAGGAUUAAUAAAACACUGUCUAAAGUAUC